AACGACCACUUUUGAAAAGAAGGAAAGUGGGGGAGUCCAGUGUCGGGUGCCCCGCCUUUAGGCAACAAUCCAGUAAAUCCUAUGAACUUUUUACGUGUACACCGUACGCUUCCAUCUCCACGUCACGACACACCGCAAGAAAGUUUGUUAGCCUGCAGAAAUUAAAAAAAAAGUUCUGACACAAAAGACCAUCCGGUGUGCUUUUGGCCUGUGUAAUUUCAAUGGAUUUCAAAAAUUCCUUGCAGAUUUGCUCUAGUGGAUUCCUCUGCUACAUCGGCGAUGCAAUGCUGCGCUGAUUCGGCUGUGAUCUUCAAAGUAGCGCCUCGGAAUGCUUAUAUUUUCGCCUUUUUGCUCUGUAAACAUACUGCAAUACAAGUUUUUGAAGACUUUGUUAAAGAUUUGUCAUCAGCAGCUCAUUAGUGUCGUCACGCGGCCGGCAUGAUAUCUCUUGGUGUAUAAUCUUUGGUUUUGGAUUCAAUUUUGUCCUAUCUUAUGCCACAUUUAUCUGGAUUAUGUGCUUGUGAAAUCGAGGAUUUGGUAGGAGAGAAGAAAUCCUGCAGGAGGAAGAAAUCCUGCAAGAUGAUGCUCUAAAUUUGGGUGGAUAUUGGAUAUUGUUAUUCUGCUUACAAUUCUUUCGAUCUUUUAACGGCGUUAUGAAGUUCAAGUGAGAGGGAGAUCGGUAAUGGCGGCAGAGCGGGCGUCGUUUGAGACAGCGAGGCAGAUUUCCCACGAAUUGGAAGGCAAAGGUGCCGGCUGCCACUCGGCUGAGGUGGUGGUUGGAUCGGCAGCAUGGAUUGGGAGAGGUCUAUCUUGUGUUUGUGCACAACGAGCAGUGAACAAUGACAAAGUCUCUCUGACGUUGACUCCUUAUCAAGAGAGAAAAUUGCAGAGAUUGCAGCAUCGCAUAGAAGCUUCUUUUGAUAGUACAAGAACUGACCAUCAGGAGGCACUAAAGGAACUGUGGCAUGCCGCUUUUCCAGAACUAGAAUUUAGUGGGUUAAUUUCUGAACAAUGGAAGGAAAUGGGCUGGCAAGGAAGAGAUCCGUCUACUGAUUUCAGGGGUGGUGGCCUCAUAUCCCUAGAGAACUUAAUAUUCUUUUCAAAGACAUAUCCAAGAUCAUUUCAGCGUCUGCUUCAAAAGCAGGCAGGUGAUAGAUCUGUAUGGGAAUACCCAUUCGCUAUAGCUGGUGUAAACAUAACAUUCAUGCUUAUUCAGAUGCUAGAUCUUCGAUCUGCAAGGCCUAGCACUACAGCAGGAGUAAUAUUCUUGAAGAUCCUAUCAGGAGAUGAGUGGGCAUUUGAUUUGCUUUACUGUGUUGCAUUUGAAGUGAUGGAUGCACAAUGGCUUGCGAUGCAUGCUUCUUACAUGGACUUUAAUGUUGUUUUGAAGUCCACUCGUGCUCAGCUAGAAAGAGAGUUGCUUGUGGAGGAAAUUGCACGUAUAGAGGACAUGCCAUCAUAUAGCUUACUUUGCCAAUAGAAGACAUGGUUAAUGUUAUAAAGUGUGGUGAUUGGCCAUCGUAUUAAAAUCUAACAUAGAACUGUUCUUUAAUUCAGCAGCUAAAUGAAGGUUAGACAUGAGUAAACCCUUCAAAGAGUAUUUCGCAUGAUGUUAACUGUGAGUUAUUACAGAUCUUGUCAGUGCUCUCCGUAUCCUGAGAAAAGAAUUUGUUCUGGAUAGAUCUGUGUUUUCACCUUCUAAUAUAUCCCACUAGUCCCAAGAUCCAACAAAGAUUGCUUAAAUCUUUUUUCUUUUCUAGUUUAAAACCUUUGUCUAUAGAGUGAAGUCUUGCGAUUUGAGUUUAUCAGAAAUUAUUCCAUAGUUAAUUGUGCAACCUCGUCAUAGAGAUUGUAAACAUAUUCCUGUUGGUUUUAAGUGCCAAACAAAAAGUGUGCUUCAAUAGAUGGCUUCAGUUUGGACA